GUAAUCGGCUGAAGCCGCUUGGAAACCAUGUAUGUGAUGGCCAAACCAGGUACUAGUACGGGUAACAAUGCUCACCGCGGAUUGUUGGAUGUGGCUGAGAGCUGAGAGUGAACCUGCAUCCUGCUUCUGGACACAGAUCGAAGGCCUAGUAGUGCGAACUGCCUGAUGUCAGUACCAGUACCCAGGAUCGGAUCAGUUGUGAAGUCUCCCAUAAUUUUUGUCCAAGAGAACCAGAGAAGCCACAACAACACAUCAAAGAACAAUCUAAGAGCCAACACAAUAUUACAAUAUAAUGAACAAGCAACUAUCAGCCCCACAUGUCAUGGCCAGCAUCCAUGAUGUUGUUACCAUCAAUAAUCCUCUGCAACGAUCUCUCACAGUUCCUCCUCGUCCCUCCCGGAAGCGUGUCAUUCGAAGAACCAAAUCCUUCACAUGCUCUGCCAAGGACUUUGUCCCACAACGAACGGAUCGCUUUGAAGACAACUACGAUCUCUGUGAAAUGCUGGGGGAGGGCGCCUACGGGGAAGUCUACGUUUGUCGACACCAAUUGACAGGAUCGGAACGGGCCGUCAAGAUUAUUGACAAGACACGCAUGUGUGAAGCCGAGUACGAGGAAGUCAUCAACGAGUUUCAAAUCCUCAAGCAGAUUGACAAUCCCAAUGUCAUUCGCAUGUACGAAUUCUUUGACGUGGACAACAAAUUCUACAUUGUGCAAGAACUGGCCAGGGGAGGGGAAUUGUACGAUGAACUCGAUGAGCAUGGGACGUUGCCAGAACAAGAUGUGGCUCGUCUCAUCAAGCAAGUUCUCUCCUGUCUCAAGUACUUGGCCAAGAACAACAUCGUGCAUCGUGAUUUGAAUCUGGAGAACAUUAUGUUGGAUGAAUCCAAAGACUAUGAACAGCUCAAAGUUAUCGAUUUUGGAUUGGCAACCACGUUGCAAGAGGGACAAAAGAUCACCGAACUGGUGGGAAAAGUCCAUUACCUCGCACCAGAGGUCAUGGAGGGCAGCUAUGGUCCCAAGUAUGAUGUAUGGAGCGCGGGAAUCAUUACCUACAUUUUGCUGGCGGGAUUUGCUCCCUUUGAUGCCGAACUUGAUUCAGAUGUCCGUCAGCUCAUCAUGGAAGGAAAGGUCUCAUUUGAUGAUCCCGAAUGGGAACACAUUUCCGAGGAGGCCAAGGACUUUGUGCGACAGCUUCUCACCUAUGAGGAAGACUCACGUCCUUCUGCAGAAGAAGCGCUCCGCCAUCCUUGGAUUGCCGAUGCCAUUCGCAAGUCAUCGGAUCAUUUCCGUCAGCAAUACUCCAACAUGGCAGCCGAUGCCCUGUCCAACUUGCGGGCAUUCAACUCGUCGUCCAAGCUCAAGCAGGCCACUUGCAGCUUUAUUGCGUCGCAGCUCUUGGAACGAGACGAACGGGAAGAGCUCGAUCGGAUCUUUCGGGGAUUUGAUCAAGAUUGCGACGGAAAACUCUCAAUGGAUGAUCUCCAAUGCAAAUACAAAGAGUUCAACAACUCGGAACUGAGUGAUCAGGAAAUGGCAGAGCUCUUUGACCAAUGCGACCUGUCCGGAUCCAACUUUUUGGACUACUCCGAGUUUGUCGUUGCUAGCAUGAAUGCCAGUGAACUCUUGGAUGACAAGAAGCUACGGGCUGCCUUUGAUCACUACGACCCAGAUCACACUGGAUACAUCACCGCCAAGAGCCUCAUGGAGUCCAUGUCCAAUGUGGCAGAUGAAAGGGUCGCGGACAAGAUCAUUCGACAGGUCGACUGUGGCAAUGAUGGACUCAUAUCGUUUGAGGACUUUAAGAAUAUCAUGACUCAGAAUAAUGAGCCCACUGAACGAGCGGAAGAGGCGGACACUGGGAUCGAUGUGCUUCUUCAAGUCGCUUCGACAGAAAGUGUCUCGAUUGGGGUCGAGGACACUGAAGAGGAGGAGGUUCCUCAAAACGAUGAAGAAGAAGAGGAGGACGAGGAGGUGGAUUUGAUGGGUAAAAGCCUCGAGACCACGGAACGAAUGUAUGAUGAGAGUGCCGCCUCGGUUGGCGUUCGGUUGAUUCAAAGUGAUGAUGAUGAAGAAGAAAAAGUGGAGGAGAAAGAAGCUUUGUUGUCGGCCCAGGAAAAGGGGGGAACGGGCGACGACAAUAGCAUGGACAACAUUCAUGAAGUCACCAAUGACAAGGAUUGUUCGACCAACAAUGAGCCGAGCAGUGUCCUUGGUGGUGAUAUCAUGCAAGGAGAACAAACUAUCAUGCUGUAUGUCCAAUGACGAUGACGACAAUGACAAUGACGAAGUGGCUGACCUCGUGGAGAUGUGAAUGGAGCGACAAUCAUCAAAUCGCAUCAGAUUAUCAUUCGUGUUCAGCACACUACUGCCGACCAACCCUGCUGCUAGGAGAAUCGAAUCAAGCCUGUACAGGCUACAUAAUUCAUAAAGAGAUUACUAUUCAAUGAUCUGGAUUCGGUGGUCGAUACAAGCUCUCGUUAGCUAGCUAGUAAUUGAUUCAAUCAGCUGAGUGGGUGAGAACGGAUUCAAUGCAACCCGGUCACGUUCUUGAGGUGAAAGGCGGCUAUCUUCGGGCUACUGGAUCUCAGCUUGACCAUGCCGGUACGACUGUGCCCUCAAGAGAGGAAAACAUGGACAGUCAAAAGCCGAAAGCAGAUACUGAGCAACUACGAGUAUGUUAGAGGUGAGAUUGCAGCUUUGGCAGCUCCCGCAAACAUCUUCCCAGUGGUCCCAUCAGUUUGUCCGUCCAAGCAGAGUUCAGCCAGUUUCUUUUGCAUGCUGGAACGCUGCGGUACUUGAGGGAAUAUUU